UAUUUCAAUGGGCUGGACCUACAUCCAAAACUUCCAUAUUAUCGGCAAAUGAAGUUCAGACAUAUAUUUUUAAGGCAUGCUUUGUUAGACCUGGCGUUUAUGAUAUAAAUAGAUGGCGGUUGACAAUAAAUUUUGAUCAGAUUGUAACUGGUAAUGAAAGUAUGGGGGAAGGUUUACAAAACAAUCUUGCAAUAAGUAGUGUUCAUGAUGGAAUGAAAGGCUACGUACAAAUGCCCAAUACUUUGUACCUUUUGACAGUGGUGAAUAGUUUAACUGACGAAGAUAACUUAUGA